GAAUCCGAGAUGGAAACCGAAGAGGAGGUUGACAUUCUGAUGAGCAGCGAUAUUUACUCAGCAACGUUAUCAACCAAAUCCAUCACGUUCACGCGUGCCCAGACGGGAUGGCUUUUUCGAGAAGACAAAACGGAAAGAGUAGGAAACUUUCUGGCAGAUUUCUACCUGGUUAAUGGGCUCGUCUUGGAAUCAAGGAAACGAAGGGAACAUCUCAGCGAGGAGGAUAUUCUUCGAAAUAAAGCGAUCAUGGAGAGCCUGAGUAAAGGUGGCAACUUGAUGGAACAAAAUUUUGAGCCUGUCCGACGGCAGUCCCUGACCCCUCCGUCGCCCAACACCAUCACGUGGGAGGAGUACAUAUCUGCCGAGAAUGGGAAAGCUCCUCACCUGGGCCGAGAGCUGGUCUGCAAGGAGAGCAAGAAAACCUUUAAAGCCACGAUAGCGAUGAGCCAGGAAUUCCCCUUAGGAAUCGAAUCAUUAUUGAAUGUUUUAGAAGUAAUUGCACCCUUCAAGCACUUUAACAAACUUAGAGAAUUUGUUCAAAUGAAGCUCCCACCAGGCUUUCCUGUAAAACUAGAUAUUCCUGUAUUUCCCACCAUCACGGCCACUGUGACGUUUCAGGAGUUCCGUUACGGUGAGUUCGACGACUCCAUCUUCACCAUUCCCGACGACUACAAGGAGGAUCCCAGCCGCUUCCCAGAUCUCUAACUGAACUGGAGAGGUGAACGGUGAAUAACAAAACCAGUGUUACCACAGGGAAAGCGAAUGGAUGCAAAGAGCCCACGCAUAGAGGUAGGGAAGUGGGUCGAAAAGGAAGGGAUAAACUUAAUAAUCCAGAAGAAAAGGGAACGCGCAUCGACCGACCGAUGUCCUGACCCUCGCUCCAACGGGCGCCUAACCCAGUUCCUGAUUGACAGCAAGUCUCCCGCUGCAUCCUUCACACUUUUCUACA